AUGUUAAUCAUAUGUUUGUAUGUUGAUGACUUGUUAGUGACUGGUAGCUCACUAGCAGAGAUUGAAAAUUUCAAAUCACAGAUGAAGAGUGAAUUUGAAAUGACCGACUUGGGAAAGCUCACCUAUUUCUUAGGAAUGGAGCUGUUAUAUACUGCAAAGGGGGUGAUACUGCAUCAAGCAAAAUAUGCCACUGAGAUUUUGAGAAAGUUUGAAAUGCUUGAUUGCAAUUCAUCAGUCACACCUGCAGACACAAGACUUAAGCUGGAAGUAGAUGAAAACAGUGAAACUGUGGACUCUACUAUAUUCAGACAAUUGAUUGGUUCACUAAGAUACUUGUGUCAAACUAGACCUGAUAUUAGCUAUGCAGUUGGCUAUGUAAGCAGGUUCAUGAGCAAACCACUAAAGCCUCAUCUACUGGCUGCUAAGAGGAUACUCAGAUACAUCAAUGGCACAAUACACUAUGGUGUGUUAUUUCCAUAUUCAAAAGAUAGUGUGAAACUUGAAUUAAAUGGAUUCUCUGAUGCUGAUUGGUGUGGAGACAAGGUAGACAGGAGGAGUACUAGUGGUUAUUUGUUUAAAUUCCAAAAUGCACCAGUCUCAUGGUGUUCUAAGAAGCAGUCAGUGAUUGCUCUCUCUAGCUGUGAAGCAGAAUACGUUGCAAGAUCCUUGGCUGCUUGUCAAGCUAAUUGGCUACAAUCACUUCUCAAUGAAAUGAAGAUCAUUGACAACAUCACAAUAAUGCUGAAGAUUGACAAUAAAUCAGCAAUUAACUUGGCUAAAAAUCCUGUUAGCCAUGGUAAAAGUAAACACAUUGAGACAAGAUUUCACUUCCUUAGGGACCAAGUCAACAAAGGAAAGUUAAGCUUGGAGUAUUGUUCCACUGACAAUCAACAAGCUGAUAUAAUGACUAAGGCUGUGAAGAGAGAUCAGUUCCUCAAGCUCAGGAGGGAAAUAGGGAUUGUAUGCUUCGAUAGCUUGUCUUAA